CAGCACGGCACAACAAGGGCAUUUUUGACUUAAAACCGCGUCUUUGUCGCCGAGAAAGGUCAAGCAACCAUCGUUAGUUGCUAAAAUAGGAAAAGUGUCGAGGAAAGUGGCAGCUACAGCCGCUGGAGGAGCAUGCAGAUGUGAGGUCAGACAUCGGAUACCCUUGCUAUCCUUGCAACCCUGGACUGGUGACAUCCUCUUCAUUCCCUUCGUUGUCAUCAUACAUGCUCUUACAUGAAGAGAGGAGAGAAACCCGAAGGAUACAGACAGAUGAGACCCAAAACAUUCCCCGCCAGCAACUACAGCGGCAACAGCCAACAAAUGCUGCAGGAAAUACGGAACAGCUUACGUAACUUGUCCAAGCCCUCUGACCCACCUAAAGUGGACAUUAGUGGACCUGGAAAAAUGCAUCCUGAGGAUCAAAGGCAACAGGGGCGUUGCAGCAACCCCAAAAAUCCCCACCAUAAGGUCUUACAGGAGAUCCGCAAGUCCCUGUUGCCUUUUGCCAAUGAGCCCAGCGCUUCAGGCUCUGAUGGUAACAAACACAUGCUGCUGGAACCCCCUGCGUUUGAGGAGCCAAGCAGCAGUCGUGGUGUUGGGAUGAUUAUAGACUACACGGGUAAGGUGAGCUACCAAGACUCAAUGAGGGAACAGAUGGCUGUUGCCAACCCCAACACUACAGGCCUGAAAGCCCCAGGAGCUUCUCAUAUCCAGCAGGCUGUGCUGAGGAGGCCAAGCUGGAAAGGCUCUAAGGAGUCUCUGGCUCCACGACACGGUCCUCUCAUGGUGGAUGGAAUGAUGUACCGCUCAGACAGUCCUGGACCGCCUCCUGCCUUCCCACAGGGCCACCCUGCUAACAGCCAGAGAGUUAACCCUCCGCUGCCUCCUCAGGUUCGCAGUGUCACACCUCCACCAAACCGUGUUCCCAUGCCUCCUGCAUCAUCCUGGGACAGCAACCCAUCAACCAAGCGGUACUCUGGAAACAUGGAUUACCUUGUGCCCCGCAUCUCUCCAGUACCCCAGGGGGCCUGGCCUGAUGGGUACCCGACUGCACCACCUCAGAAUCAGCGUGGGAUCAGCCCAGUACCUGUCGGCCACCAGCCCAUCAUAAUGCAAAGCCCUGGGGGGAGUAAGUUCACUUUCCCUUCUAGCUGGUCUCAGAAUGGCUCUCCCCAGCCUGACUACAUGGCAGGAGGCAGUAGACAGCCCCCUCCCCCCUACCCGGUCAACCAGAGCAGCCGACACAGUCCCACUGAUCAGCAGAUGCAGGCAGGUGGACCUGCAUCGUCUCCUUCAUAUGUCAACGGUGGCAACAUUCCUCAGUCCAUGAUGGUUCCCAACCGGAACAGUCACAACCUCGACAUGUACAGUAUCGGUCCUCCUCAGCCCUGGUCCCAGGCUCCUCUGGCCUCGAACCAACCCCAGUCUUCUUCUGGCAACAGCAGCAACCAGGAUCUGUCCCCGUCAUGGCAGCACAACAAGCCUGUCCGCUCUAAUUCUUUCAACAACCACCAGCUGAACAGUAGACCUGCUCACCCAGCCAGCUCCCAGCCCUCUGCUACCACUGUCACUGCCAUCACACAGGCUCCUAUCCUGCAGCCAGUCAAAAGCAUGCGUGUCCAGAAACCUGAACUACACACUGCUGUCGCUCCCACACACCCUCCGUGGCUGCAGCAGGUACCUCCAUCUACAGCUGCACCUGCCUACCCAGAACCCUCAGCUGCUGUCCCUCAGAUCCCUGUUGUAGCAGAGGUUCCCAGCUACCAGGGGCCCCCUCCACCCUACCCUAAGCACCUCCUCCAGCAGCAGGCGGCCCCCUGCCCCCCAGCAUACGAUGCAGGGGCCAAUAAGCUUGGCACAGGUAGAGAGGAGCCUGCUGAAGAGGAGAGCAGCAGCGGUGAAAACACAAGAGACAAGACAUCAGAAAGUCCUGAGAGCACUGUACCAACAGAGAAGGAGAAGAAGCAAAUCACAACAUCACCUGUUCCUGUCCGCCGCAACAAGAAAGACGAAGAGCGGAGGGGCGAGUCCGGAAGAGUUAAUCUGUAUUCUCCCCAGGCCUUUAAGUUCUUCAUGGAACAGCAUGUAGAGAACAUCCUGAAGAACCAUCAGCAGCGGAUUCGAAGGAGGAAGCAGCUGGAAAAUGAGAUGCAAAGGGUGGGUUUGUCUUCAGAAGCCCAAGAGCAAAUGCGUAUGAUGCUCUGUCAGAAGGAAUCUAACUACAUCCGGCUAAAGCGGGCCAAGAUGGAUAAGUCCAUGUUCAAACGAAUCAAGACGCUUGGCAUUGGAGCCUUCGGUGAGGUGUGCUUGGCCAGGAAAGAGGACACGGGAGCACUGUACGCCAUGAAGACGCUCCGCAAGAAGGACGUGCUGCUGAGAAACCAGGUGGCUCACGUCAAGGCUGAGAGGGACAUACUGGCUGAGGCCGAUAACGAGUGGGUGGUGCGCCUCUACUAUUCAUUCCAAGACAAGGACAACCUGUACUUUGUUAUGGAGUACAUCCCUGGAGGGGACAUGAUGAGCCUUCUUAUUCGACUCGGCAUCUUUAAAGAAGAGCUGGCCCAGUUUUACAUUGCAGAGCUCACCUGCGCUGUAGAGAGCGUUCACAAGAUGGGCUUCAUCCACCGAGACAUCAAGCCUGACAACAUCCUCAUAGACCGAGAUGGACACAUAAAGCUGACCGACUUUGGUCUUUGCACUGGCUUCCGCUGGACCCAUGACUCCAAGUAUUACCAGAGUGGGGACCACGUGAGGCAGGACAGCAUGGACUUCAGUAAGGAAUGGGAAGAUCCAGCCAACUGCCGCUGUACAGACCGCCUGAAGCCUCUGGAGAGGAGAAAGGCCCGACAGCACCAGCGCUGUUUGGCCCACUCACUUGUGGGGACACCCAACUAUAUAGCACCAGAAGUGCUGCUCAGAACAGGAUACACCCAACUCUGUGAUUGGUGGAGUGUUGGUGUCAUCUUGUAUGAAAUGGUUGUUGGACAGCCUCCCUUCUUAGCGACCACACCCCUGGAGACACAGCUGAAGGUGAUAAACUGGAAGAGCACGCUGCACAUUCCCCCAGCAGCCAAGCUCAGCCCAGAGGCGUCAGACCUCAUUGUUAAAUUGUGCCGCGGCCCCGAAGACCGCCUCGGAAAGAACGGCGCAGACGAAAUCAAAACUCAUCCUUUCUUUAAGAGCAUCGAUUUCUCCAGCGACCUGAGACAGCAGGUGGCGCCCUACAUCCCCACCAUCGCUCACUCCACAGACACCUCCAACUUUGACCCCGUGGACCCAGACAAACUGUGGAGCAGUGACAGCGACGGCGAGGACAACCACAACGACACCCUGAACUGCUGGUUCCGCAACGGCAAGCAUCCUGAGCACGCCUUCUACGAGUUCACCUUCCGGCGCUUCUUCGACGACAACGGUCAUCCGUACAGCUGCCCUAAACCUAUCGAGUACGAGGGCUACAACGAGGACGAGGCGGACUCGGAGGGCGCGGUGCAGGAGGCAGCCGGUGCAGCGACACAGGGCCGAGACCUGGUCUACGUGUAGCAGCCGAGGCUAGCUGAGCUGCUUGUAUAUAACAAGUUUUGGAAGGGAUUGUGUGUGAAGGGGACGGUACAGCAUGUAAAUCCUUGAACGUAGGAGUAUAUGUUUGUAGGAACAGUCAGAACACUCUGCAGCGCACGAUCACAUUAACUGACAGUAAAUUCACACUAUAAGUUAAAGGACUAGUUCAACAUUUGCUUUCUUGACAAGAGACAGAUCAUAGGAUUAAAGAUAUAGCUCUAAAUAUGAAGCUAGCUGGCAAUAGCUUUGCAUAGCUUAAUAUAAACACUAGGGAAGGUACCCUGCCUUGGUCCAAGGAUAAGAAAUCUGCCUGUUUACGCCACUCAGGCCAGAGCUAUACUUUUUAUUAAUUGGAUAGUACUCAAGGAUCCAUGUGACGUAAAUGUCAUCGUCUCUUUUAGCCCAUGAGUCUGUGCAAACCCCUCUGUGGAUGUUUGCAUGCAGCCCACAAUUCGUGUCCACAUACAACUACACCACAGUGUGUAUGUAUGAUUGGAUGUGAGUCCCGUCAGCUGACAAGAGAGCAGGAGAAUAACAACUACACGUUUGUGGUGUCUGCAGCUGUCCGUGUUUGAGUAUAAUCAGGACUUAAGGCUGACUAAUUAACAUGUCUGGGGCACUGAAAAACCUGAAAGAUGUUAUCCUUCUUCUUAUAUAUGACAAAGAAAGGCAUCAGAAACCUCACAUCUGAAAAGUUGGAUCCAAACUUUCUUGAAAUAUUCUUGCCAAAUAGUUUUGCGUGUGUUGACUACUUCUCAUUACGACUCUAGUUAUGUCUCGUGUCUUAGAGGCAGCUGCCCAAAUACUUAACAAGAGGGGGGCCACAUUUGUGAGGCCAUUCUACUGUUAAACUUUGACUUUUAUAAAAGCUUGAAGCUUCUUAAAUUUGUCCCUAUAAUAAACACCUGCAGAUGCUUAUUUUGCAACCAGAGCACAUACAAAUCUUCAGUGAAAUGUAAAAUGUAGUGCUUUAAAGUCUUUGCAUUUUAGCAUAAAACAGUAGCCAUUUGAUUUUUGGGUACAUCAUCAGGUUUCCAGCCAACACUUCCAGCUUUGUACCUAUCAAACAAAGCAGAUCUGACAUGUUAACUAGUGAGCUUUAGAGAUGCUGCUGGGUGGAUGUUCUUACCUUUGGACAGAAUCAGGUCUUCUGUUUCCCAUAUUCGUGCUAAGCUAAGCUGACCAGAUGCUGUCUGUGGCCUCUGUCGAUCUACUUCUCUAGAUCCCUUCGUGUUUUCCAGAAGUGUUGUACUUUUAAUUUGUGAGAGGUGACACUGUAUGAUGUGUGCUGCCUGAAAACCCUAAAAGGAACAGAAAGCAGGAAAAAGCUGAAUCAGGGUGCUCUCAUUGACGACUUAUCGCAAAACCCCCUUAAAGCCUUAAUUUAUUUAAGAAAUUGUAACAGGUAGUGUAGCUGCUGUUUGAGUGUGGGAAUCUUUUGUUGUUGGAAUUACUUUUAUUGGUAAGAAUUGUCUUAAUUUAUAUUUUAAUGUCUGUUGCAAUGGGGAUUUAGUGACUCAUAGAAAUGUGCAGGGAUACGUUGCUCUAAUUAUUCAUUGCUGUGCCUUUUUGAUUCUUUUUUUUUUUUUUAAUUGUAUCUUUCACCAAAUAUAAAGAGGGUUAAUAAUCAGACUGGCAUUUUAAAUGAGAGUAGAAGUAGGUGAUUGAACUACAGUAGGUUGUUAUAUUUUUCUAAUUUAUACCUAAAAUGUAUUUAUAAAUUAAGUUGUAUACAGUGGAUGUAAAUAUAUUUUUUUCUUCCCUGUCGGCUGAUUUUUUUUUUUUGUUCUUCUCUCUGGGCAGGCCCUCGUCAGUGUCCACUGCUGCUGCCUUCUGUCAAUAUGUACUUUUUAACAUUAAUCACAAGACUCUGAAUAGAUCUAAGGCCUUCUGUUGAACUUUCAUUGCCAUUCAAUGCUCGUCUCUCAACCAAAGCACUAAACAGGUGGGGUUUUUUGACCCCCCCUUUUUUUUUUGCAAUAACCCACAUUUAGAAAGCAACUAUCACAACGCUAUGAACAUAAUUUUUUGUGGUAUUAUGUUACACAAUCACCCAGAAAUGCCUUCCUUUUUGGCACCCGAUCAUCUUCUAAACUUCACACGGUGACCUGAGGAAACACUACAGCCCACUGUCAAAGUUGACCUUUUUGUGCUGCCGUAUUGAAAAUAAAGAGAAACUGGACUCUUUUCUUGACAUAUCAUGAUGAUUUUGUAACCCGCUGUACUUCUGUUUGUGUAGGAAAGAUCUCUGAAUGUAGUUGUUAUGAACUUAAUGGUGACCACUGUCAUUCUGCACUGGUUUUGUGUUUUCAUUGUGUGAGAAUUUUAUUUUUGUGUACAUUAUUGCUCUGGGAGGUUUGGGAACAGGGAAGAGGGUGAUAAAUAAAGAAUGUAAAGAACAACACAUGUUUUUACAUGCACACCAA